AUGGAGAAAACAAGGCAAGAUUUACAGCCACUGAGGCAACAACACUUUUCCCGGCUGAUGAAAGAGUUCCAAGGGACUGAUUUGUGGAAGCUGCCGCGAGCUUAUUCCCUAGGCUCAAUGUUAGCUGCAACUGUUGAUUGGGACGAAGCAUUCUAG